AUGAGACAAUACGAAACACAUAAUUUUGUUUGCUCAUCUUGUGACUCUUGUGAAUCGGAAAUAUCUUCGAAGAUGGAGUUAGAUCUUCAUGUAUCACAAACUCAAGCUUCAAAGGAGAUUGUAUUAGAAGAGCAUGUGAGUCUUGUUUCAUCCAUCAAGAAGAAAAUGUUAAAAGCCAUGGAGGACUACAAAUGGAAGUAUCUCAACACCCUUCUCUCUCGUGCAACAAAUGUUGAAGCACGAUUAGGGAAGUGUAUCGAGACACUCAAAGUGUUAGAAGAUAAAGCUCGAAAAUGUUAUGGAGAAGAAAUUCAUAUGCAAAGUGAUGAGUUUGUGGAAAUGAUGUUGAUCGAUGGUUGUUUCAUUAUUGAGCUUUUUAACAAGUCAUGUUGUAAAGGAACUAGACGAAGAGGGGAUCCGUUUUUGGCAACAUAUGAAGUGUUUUAUCGAUUGAGGCAUGACUUGAUUUUACUCGAAAAUCAAAUCCCUUUCUUUAUUCUUGAUCAUUUAUUCCAUAUUGUUCCUACCCCUAAACAAUGUGGAGACUACUCAUUGAUCGAAUUAGCUUUUCGUUUUUUUAAGAAAACAGUUCAUGAGGACCCGUAUUAUAUUCGAGAGAGAUAUGGCCAAGAAAUCCACCAUCUACUUGACUUGAUUCACCAAUCUUUCAUACCCAAAACACAUAUUUUCCAACUACACUCCAAACAACCACUUCUCAAAAUAGUCAUUCCAAAAGUAACCGAACUUCACAGAACCGGAGCUGAAAUAAAGGGAUCCAAAUCUCGAAACAUCUUGGAAGUAAAGCUAAACAAUGGAGUACUUACAAUCCCAAAUCUGAUACAUCAUGAUCUUAUGGAAAUUGUGUUGAGAAAUCUCAUUGCUAUGGAGAAUUGUUGCUAUGAUGCUACAAAGUAUGUAACUUCGUACGCAUUUCUCAUGAAAAGUUUAAUUCAAUCAAUCGACGACGCCAAAUUUCUCCUCAAGAAGAGAAUUUUUGACAAAGAUGAAGAUUUUUUUACAUUGUUCGAUAAUAUAUCAAUCGAUGUAGACGCAAAAGAUUUCUAUUAUGGGGAAUUGUGUGAAGAUUUCGACAAGUUUGCAAAAGUCGACAUAAAUAUAAGAGUUAAGUUCCUACAAAAUGUUCGUGAAGCCUUAAGAAAUGUCCAAGAGGGUGGUAAUCGAAGGCAACCCCGAUAUGACGAACAUAGGGUUGUGGAAGAAUUCAAGGCGUCUGAAUUGCCUAAAUUUGUUAGUGGAACUGAUCCUGAACACUACCUGGAGUGGAAAAGGAAGAUUAAAAGAAUGUUUGGGUUUAAGGAAGUCGAUGACGAAAAAAGAUGCAAGUAUGCAAUUCUCAAGCUAAGUGGUGGUGCUUCAUGGUGGUUUGAAGGGCUUAAGGCCAAGAGAACUCAUGAAGGCAAAAAAAAAAAUUGUUCUUGGCUUUCUCUUAAACGAAAGCUAAUAAAAAAUAUUUUCCUUCUACUCAUAGAAUUUCCACUUAAAAGAAGAUUGUUGAUUCGAGGCAAGAAAAGAUAA